UCCGACCAAGGGCACCAUGCUGCAUUGUUCUUCGCCACGUCGAAAUGUAUUUCAUAUAUCGUGAAAAAGAGUGGAAUGUUAAAUAGCAAUAAACAGCUGGAGAUAGCUUGAAACGUGGAUUAACAUAUAAUUGGCGAUGGCUCGACAGGAAAGUUUGCGGUCCUCCAAGGCUUUUCAAGAUCUAGCUAGGCAAGAUGCAGAGGAAUUGAUGGCAGAAGAGCUUGAGAAGUUACUCAUCACUGCACCCAAAGAGACAAAGGAGAAAAGCGCGAAGGAGUUUAACCAGUUUCAAGAACUGUUUUCAAGAUUUCUCCACGAGACCGAUAAUUUGAUCGACUGGAGCAAAAUCAGACCUCCCCCAGAUAACACUAUUAUUCCCUACAAUAUGUUGUCUGUACCUGACAAUAAUAAAGCAGCAAUCAAAGCUCUUCUGGAUAAACUUGUUGUUAUCAAGCUUAAUGGUGGCUUGGGUACCAGUAUGGGUUGUGUUGGUCCAAAGAGCUUAAUCUCUGUAAGAAAUGAGUUGACAUUUCUAGAUCUCACAGUUCACUUGAUUCAGAAGCUAAAUCAGAAAUAUGGUUGUGAUGUACCUCUUGUCUUGAUGAACUCCUUCAAUACACACGAGGAGACCAUGAAACUGAUAAAAAAAUAUGAAGUGUUCAAUGUCAGUAUUCAUUGUUUCAAUCAGAGUUGUCAUCCUCGAAUCCAGAAAGAAUCGCUUCAGCCAGUUGCCACCACCAUGGAUGGUGGGAAAACAGAAUGGUGGUAUCCUCCAGGUCAUGGCGAUACUUAUCAGUCAUUUUAUAAUUCUGGUCUACUUGAUCAGUUCUUAUCUGGAGGUAAAGAUGUUGUUUUCAUAUCAAAUAUUGACAACUUGGGAGCCACUGUUGAUUUGAAUAUUUUGAAUUACAUUGUCAACCCUCCUAGUGGAACAGUUGAAUUUGUAAUGGAAGUGACUGACAAAACAAGAUCUGAUGUCAAGGGUGGAACAUUAAUUGAGUAUGAAAACAAAAUACGUUUGCUUGAAAUUGCUCAAGUGCCAAAACAACAUGUAGAUGAAUUCAAGUCCAUUUCCAAGUUUAGGAUAUUUAACACUAAUAACCUUUGGGUACGAAUGUCUGCGAUCAAGCGAUUACUGGAUGCAAAGAAAAUGCACAUGGAGGUUAUAAUAAAUAACAAGAGUUUAGAAAAUGGUUAUAAUGUUAUUCAACUUGAAACUGCUGUUGGAGCAGCAAUCAAGAAUUUUAAUGGAUCUAUUGGUAUCAAUGUACCCCGAAGUAGAUUUCUUCCAGUAAAAAAAACAUCAGAUCUUCUUCUUGUCAAGUCUAAUUUAUACGAAACAAAUGAUGCUGGUGCAUUAAUGAUGAGCCCUAAGCGACAUUUUGCCUCAACUCCAUUUGUUCAACUAAGCGGACCUUACUUCUGGAAGGUUCAUGCUUUUAAUCAGAGAUUUCAAACUAUUCCUGAUAUUUUGGAGCUUGAUCACCUUACUGUAUCUGGUGAUGUUACUUUUGGUAAAGAUGUCAUUUUAAAGGGGACUGUUAUUAUCAUAGCAAACCAUGGAGAAAGAAUUGAUAUUCCUGCAGGUUCUUUUCUUGAAAAUAAAAUUGUGUCUGGAAACUUGCGAAUAUUGGAUCAUUAAGAAAAUUCAGUUGCCAGGUACACCACUAUAUGCUAUAGAAAAUUAUGCUAUGUGAAAGAUCAAUAAUAAUUCUUAAUUUAGCAGAAAAUAAGGUGGGAAUGUGAAUUGAUGGUAAUGUACAUAGCAGUAAAUGCUGCACAACAUGUGCUAUCAGCUUGUGAAUGAAGUAGAUUAUAUAGGAAAUUAUUUUUGUUACAUAUAUAUUUUUAUCAUUGUUUUCAAGGAACUGUUUCUUUUUGAGCUUUUAACAUCAGGCAUUGUGUUAAUCAUUAUUGGAAUGUAAUCAACCCUAAAUUAUGCAAACUUAUUGUAAUCUUAAAAAUGAAAAGGAUAGCAGAGAAUAGAAAGUCAGUUAAAAUGGAUGGCUUAAAACCAUGUCAAAAACAUUAAAGAGAGAGAUAUCUUUUCACUGUUUA